AUGCCGUUUCACCUGGCUGAGACCUCCCCGCUGCCUUCGCAGCUGCUGCUUGGCCUGGAGCCCCGCGGCCUUCAAAUAUCAAGAAGGAAAAAGCUUUCGCUGAACAGGCGGCUGCAGCAGCAGCAGCAGCAGCAGCAGCAGCAGUCUUCGGGCUGCGGCGUCUGCGAAGGCUGCGUCGGCAGCAGCAGCAGCAGCAGCAGGGAGGUGGAAGACAUCCACGAGUUCAUUUCGAGGCUGAAGCAGACCAUAAAGAGUUGGCUAACGCAGCUGCAGCCGCCGACCUUUUGGGUACGGCUCCCGCUGCAGUAUUCGAGGCCAACAGCAGCAGCAGCAGCAGCAGCAGCAAAACGAGACGCGCUGGCGCUGGGCACGAAGACACCGGAAGCUGCUGUUGCUGCUGCAGUGCUGCUGGAGCUGCAACAGCAAGACCUGCUGCAGGGGUCCGUGGACGCGGCUUCCGACGGCUGCAGCGCCGCCGCCGACCUGCAGCAGCAGCAGCAGCAGCAGCAGCAGCAGCAGCAGCAGCAGCAGCAGGAGCAGCUGGACCCGUGGAAGCAGUGGUCGUUCCUGCAGCAAGUGGUUGGGGUGUCUGUACACCUCGGAGUCGCGCUGCAGCUCACAGAGGACUUGCCCUCGGAGCAGCAGCUGCAGCGGUGGCUGGCGGAGCCGCUGCGCUGCAUCUUUAUUCCCACUAGCAUUUUUCUGCAGCUGCAGCAGCAGCAGCAGCAGCAGCAGGUGACGCUGCUGCGCCAGCACCUCUUGUUCUUGCUGCGCUGCGCAGAGCUGCGCGUGAAGCUCGUUAUCGUUGAUGACAGAGACGAAGACACAGACCAAGCAGCAGCAGCAGCUGCUGCUGCUGCAGCAGCAGCAGCAGCAGCAGUGAAGCGGCCUACUGCAGUUCAGAGCGUCGAAGCAAACGAGGAAGCAGCAGCCAGUGCAGCUGCUGCUGCGCCGUGUCUGAAGCGUCCCGCAGCAAUUCAAAACGCAGCAGCAAACCCCAGCAGCAGCAGCAGCAGCGGCAGCGGGCGGCGCUGCCGGUACCGCGAGCUGCUGCCGCUUUUUUGCUGCCUGCAGCAGGCGCUGCUGCUGCUGCCGCCGCUGACGCUGCCGCUGCUGUUCUGCCGCUCUCACCAAAAUGUGCUGCAGGUCCCAAUGCAGCCUCUUUCUGACGAUUUAAACGCCUGCAGCUACGAAGUCUUCGAACGAGAUGCGAUCAAGUACAAAUUGUACUGCCGCGCCAUUUACCUGCGGCUGCGGGACCUUCUAGGGCUUGAGCAGCAGCAGCAGCAGCGGCAGCAGCAGCGGCAGCAGCAGCGUAUUAAACGCAGAAGACGCUUUACAUUAUCGGACAGCAGCAGCAGCAGCAGCAGCAGCCGCAGCUGCAGUCUCAGUCGCAGCAGUUGCAGCAGCAGCGACGACGAGCAACAGCAGCAGAAGCAGCAGCCGCCGCAAAAGCAGCAGCAGCAGCAGCAGCAGCGCUCUCGCAGGGAUCCUUACGGCAGCACAACUGCUUUAGACAAUCCCAACUGUCUGUACAUUUCGGAGGCGAAUUUUCCGUUGCUGCAGCAGCAGCAGCAGGAGCAGCAGCAGCGCCAGAGCAGCAGCAGCAGCAGGACCUUCUUCACUAAAGAGCGCACCCGCCGCCGCCGCCGCCGCCGCAGCAGCAGCAGCAGCAGCAGCUUUGGAGCGCCACCCCUGUCGUCCCCCUCGGCUCCCCCCGCAGCAGCAGUAGCAGCAGCAGCAGCAGAGCCGCUGGUGGAACUGCCGCUGCAGUACCAGAAGGCAAUGGGGCGUUACUCUUGUCUUUCUUUUGUCACUUCUCUUUCUUUUGAAUCUGAAGAAGACUAUUUGAACUACCAGCCCCCCGAGUGCAUGCGCAGCAAGCUGCGAGCAGCAGCAAAAGAGAUACGAGCAGCAGAAGCAGCAGCAGCAGCAGCAGCAGCAGGCCGCGCCCCACCCUCCCAGCUGCACCACCACCACCCGCAAGCCCACCACUCCCCACCUCACCACCCUCACCAGCACCAGCAGCAGCAGCACGGCCAGCAGCAGCAGCACGACCAGCAGCAGCAGCAGCAGCAGCAGCAGGAGUGUUGGCCUCGGAUUGCGAUAUACGUGGUGGGGGCUGGGCGGGGCCCGCUGGUGCAGGCAGCUCUGGACGCGCUGCGGCUGCUGCAGCUGCCGCCUUGCUUCUUCUUUGUUGCUGCUGUUGAGAAAAACCCUCAGGCUCUUUUUGCCCUCAGAGACAGGCAGCAGCACGACUGCUGCAGCGCCUGGAGGCACGUUGCAGUCAUUCCCGGCGACAUGCGCGCCCCCGCCACUGCAGCAGCAGCAGCAGCAGCAGCAGCAGCAGCAGCGGGGCCUGCAGCUGCGGAGGAAGCAGCAGCAGCAGCAGCAGCAGCAGUGGCAGCGGCGGCCGCGGGGCCUGUGGCGGCAGCAGCAGCAGCAACUGCAGCAACUGCAGUAGCAGCAACAGCAGCAGCAGCAGCAGCAGCAGCAAGAGCUGCUGCAACAGUCGUCUUUCAAGGAAAAAGCUUAGAGGCAUUGGCUAGCUGCAGCUAG